AUGCCCCACAACCCACUACUUCGCCAAUACUGGCAAAGCAGGAGCCAUCUCGCGAUCGUCAACGACUUACUGCUGUACGACGAACGCAUAGUGUUCCCGAGAACAAUGCAUCUGGAAAUCCUCGACUGCAUACAUCAGGGACACCUCGGCAUCACCAAGUGUCGUGCAAGAGCACAAAUGUCGGUCUGGUGGCCUGGACUGUCAAAAGGUAUUGAGGAAAUGGUCACCAAAUGCACCACAUGCGCCAAAGAACGACCUCAGAUAAAAGAACCGCUCAUGCCUGCCUCCUUCCCAUCACGCCCAUGGGAACGACUAGGCAUGAGUCUGUUCCAGCAUUUCGGGAAUGUCUACCUCCUAGUCAUCGACUACUUUUCCCGCUGGAUAGAAGUCAAACAACUCAACGAGCAAACCUCACACAGCGGGAUAGCAGCACUGAAACCUAUCUUUGCAGUGCAUGGCAUACCCAAUAUUGUCAUGUCUGACAAUGGUCCCCAGUUCAGUGCCAAGACUUUCCAACAGUUUGCAGCAAUGUAUGGAUUUGUGCACGCCACAAGCUCGCCGCGAUAUCCACAAGCAAAUGGGGAGGCUGAGAGAGCAGUUCGUACUGCAAAAGCACUCCUCAAGAAAAACUCAGAUCCGUACCUUGCCCUUCUCACAUGGUGCAUAGAUGAGGAUCUUGACAAAGUCCGUACCAGAGAGGAUGCCUACAGAUCAGCUCAACAAAUGACCUUCAACAAGAGACACAAAGCACAGGAACUGCCCACUCUGCAGCCAGGUUAUUUGGUCUGGAUUCGAGACCAAAACCACGAGGGCAAAGGUGUUGAGAAAUCCCAAUCACUUUGA